AUGGCAUCAUUGUUAAGACUCCUCAAAAUGUCUCUGUCUUUUAUGUUGCUCUUGCUCUUCUUCUUCAUUUCACCUUCUUUCUCCUCUCCAGGUUUCACCCCAAAACUAGUAGCAGAAAAGCUCAUAAGAGGGCUUAACCUAUUCCCAAAAGAUUCCAUUAACACACUAGUGAAUGAACCUCAUUUGGUCCCUGGAAAGAUUGUGGAGAAGAAGUUCAUUUUCCCUGGUCUUUAUUCUUCUGGGCCUUCUGUUGAAGAACUUGGUCACCAUGCAGGGUAUUAUCCCCUUCCUCGUUCCAAAGCUGCAAGGAUGUUCUACUUUUUCUUUGAAUCUCGGAGCAGCAAAGAUGACCCUGUUGUCAUAUGGUUGACAGGAGGACCAGGAUGCAGCAGUGAAAUAGCUUUGUUUUACGAGAAUGGUCCUUUUCAACUUACCAAGAAUUUGUCUCUUGUAUGGAAUGACUAUGGCUGGGACAAGGCAUCAAAUAUUCUAUUUGUAGACCAACCUAUUGGGACGGGUUUCAGCUAUACUUCUGAUGACAGUGACAUUCGCCAUGAUGAAGAGGGUGUUAGCAAUGAUUUAUUUGACUUCUUGCAGGCAUUUUUCAAGGAGCACCCUCAGUUCGCUAAGAAUGACUUUUAUAUUACUGGAGAGUCAUAUGCUGGACACUACAUUCCAGCUCUUGCGUCCAGGGUUCACCAAGGAAACAAAGCAAAGGAAGGAAUCCAUAUAAAUCUCAAGGGUUUUGCUAUUGGUAAUGGAUUGACCAAUCCUGAAAUUCAGUAUCAGGCAUACACAGACUAUGCAUUAGACAGGGGACUAAUUAAAAAGGCUGAUUAUGACAGAAUCAACAAGUUGCUCCCACCAUGUGAGCAGGCCAUAAAAACUUGCGGCACCAAAGGCGGAGAAACAUGCAUAUCUUCGUUAUAUGUUUGCAAUGACAUAUUCAAUCAGAUCAUGUCCAUCGCUGGCAACAUUAAUUACUAUGACAUUAGAAAGGAAUGUGUGGGAGAUCUGUGUUAUGACUUCUCCAGCGUGGAGACAUUCUUAAACAAGAAGACAGUGAGGGAUGCUUUAGGUGUUGGGGACUUGGAUUUCCUUUCAUGCAGUACCACAGUGUAUAAUGCUAUGAUGCAGGACUGGAUGAGAAAUCUGGAAGAAGGUAUUCCUGCUCUUCUUGAGGAUGGAAUCAAGGUGCUUGUGUAUGCUGGAGAAGAAGAUCUCAUAUGCAACUGGCUUGGGAAUUCAAGGUGGGUUAAUGCCAUGAAGUGGUCAGGUCAAAAAGAAUUCGGGGCAUCUCUUACAGUCCCAUUUUUGGUUGAUGGUGCAGAAGCAGGAAUGCUGAAAAGCCAUGGACCUCUCGCUUUCCUCAAGGUAAAUGAAGCUGGUCACAUGGUCCCUAUGGAUCAACCAAAAGCUGCACUUCAGAUGCUAAGGAGCUGGAUGCAAGGGAAACUGGCCAUGACAAGGAGUGGAGAUAAUGUGUCUCCUAAAUGAUGCACUCAGAGCACAAAACC